AUGUUGUUCAACGGGUUGAAAGCACCUGAGGCAACGCCCACCAUCAGCUCAGCCCCAGAGGUGUCCUUUUUAGCCCCUGAGCUGAACAUCCCUGGGGCCCGGUUUCAUCGCGUGUUCGUUCCGCGCGACAGCGACUUAGAAGCGCAGCAUUAUCUGGAUGAGUACGUUCGCUCCAACGACCUGGAUGUGUCAACGAUUCCCAUUGAGUAUCAUCUGAUUGCGGUGCGACACACAGGAGGCGAACGAGCCUUGUACUUGAACCAAAACUCGCGUGAAGUGAAGGAUCGCGAGGCGCUGCUGCAGAUUUGCAACUUCUUCUCCCCAGAUGAUCGUGAUGAUGACAUGAGUUCCGCCAUCAACACCACGCGCUGCGACAACGAGUUGGAGCUCAGCCGACACCGCGCCGAGAUGGAGAAGACCAAAGGGACGAUUGCAGAGUUGCGGAAGCAGGAGCACGAGAAUUGGCGCAAUGCCAAGAAUGAGGAAGAGAUUAAGAAGCUCAAGGUGCAUGGAAAAUUUGGGCGGGCAGUAGCGGAAUUGAGGUGCAACGUGUGUGUCGCCCUCUUCCGACUGCAGUGCCUGCUGGUGUCGGACGAGUUCCCAGCUGAGCACAUUCAGCUGGUCUAUCCCGAGGUAAGGGGUGCCUACCUCCGGGCCUUGGAGGUGUGUGACGUCCAAAGGCGGGCGGAUCAGGGUGGCGCAGCACCACCGAGGGCAGAGGAUAAAUCCCUGCCAGCUAGGGAGGGACAGACCCUCCUUCUGAGCUCGAAAGCUCAGCCGCCUCUGCCUCCCGGGGGCGUUGCACCUACAACCAAGGACAGAAAGAAGAAGCGUUCAGACAAGGACAAGGCCAAGGACAAGAGAGAAAGGAGCCGAAGCAGACGGCGGAAGAAGAAGUCACCCAGCCCUGAGAAGAGAAAGCGUCGAUCCAAAACACCGGAACGCCAGGAGGAGUGGUGUGAAGAAGAAGGCGAGGAAGAGGAGUUUGUUGAGGACGACCCGAUACCACCAGACGACAGAAGAGGCGUGAGGAGCAGUCAGAUUGGAUUGGACCAGUCCCUGCUUAUCGUCGUAGGCAAGAGGGCCGUCAGAGGAGGAGCUGGUGCGCAGGCACUUGCCAGAGCAAAGGCUGGUGUGAGGAGGCCCGCAAGUGCUGCGGAGGAGACACCGGGAGUCGAAGGAGACUCCGAGAGUUUUCAACGCGGAGAGGCAGUAGAGGCCUAUAAACUGCCGUUGGAAACAUGGAAGAGUGGGACGCAUAUCGCGAUCACGAAGGGCAUUUACUGGGAGGAGGAGGUUCAGGUAGCGGGCCGAGUAGAAGGGCUAGCUACAAAGAAGGACCAGGUCACCUUGAGUUUCAGACUGGAAGGUACCAAGAACGAGAGCUUGGUGAAGUGGUCUGGAAGCCAUCCUGGAGUAGCCUUGGAGGUGGACAUCUGCCAACCGGGUUGCGGUCUGAUUUCAAAAGACGGGCUGCUUCAUUGCCGGGUGGUGCAGAAGGUGCUGGAUUCUACAAGGGCAGCUUGGAUGAACAAUCUGGUGGCUGCAGAAACUCCGAUGGGAGCCGAGGACGGGUUGCGGAGGCUCCGGUUGCGAGAAAAAGAGCUUGCCAAGCGGAAGGGGACAGAGGACGACAAAGGAGUUGGGGAGCCUCAAGAGGACACCUUGUCCGGAAGCUCCGAAGACGCAAAGAAGAAGCGGAAGAAAAAGAAGAAGAAGGACAGGGUGAGGGUUGUCGGGACGAAGAGCCCGGCAGCCCUCUUUGCCACAACCGCUCUCGACCCAAAGCCGGAGGUGCGGAGGAGAGUCAGGAGAAGAGCAAGGCGCCUUACAAAGAGGAGAAACAAGAAGGAGUCAACGGGCUCGUCAGGGAGCUCGUCGGUGACAUCAGAUACCGGCAGCUCCGAGGCCGACGGCGCUCGGCUAUUCGGAGAAGAAGUUCGAAUAAAAAAGGUAUGGAGGAAGAGCCCGGGGGCGUUGACGUUGAAUACAUUGGAGCAGAUGCAGCUGGCGGUGGUCACCACGUCCGGCCAGAUGUGGGACCUGGACCAUAGCUCUCUGCCUCCAAUUUUCAGAGCAGAUGAGCGGCCCCCUUGGCAGGGAGUCGCAAACGCUUUGCUUCCUGCAAGACUUGCUCUUGCAGGGCAAGGUGGCAGCUGCGUGCGACGUGGUGACCCAGAGGCUCAAAGGUCUGGAACAGAUCUCAGCUGGAGGACACUACAGCAUCGCCCAGAGGCAGGAGUUGGUGCCGCUGGACUUCCAUCAGAUGACAACAGCAACAGAAGCACUGGAGGCCAGCAGGAUUCAGCGCGAGGAGUUGAAGGCAAAGAGCCUUUCAAGCCGCCCCUGGGAAAAGAAACCCGAGUGGGAGAAGAGAUCAGAGGUCUUAUGGGGCGGAAUGGAGGGGAGUCUGCUGGCUCCGGUAUGCGUGAAGGGGAGCUGGUUGGCUCCGGAGGCAAUGGUUGGGAGUUGGAAGACUCCGGAGAGGCACAGCAAUGGAGUGACGAGCAGGUGUUAGUGAUGUCCUCGGAAGACAUUAGAUGCUUUUUCUAUUUGUUUGAGGACAGGCCUUUCACAGUGGCACAGUGGGUCUACAGGAUCUACUUGGACAACUUUGACGCGCUUGAGCAAAUGGAUCCCUUGAUGGGUGCGAGGGUGCGUGGGGAGGUGUCGGCUGAGGGAUACCUCCGGCGGUUGCCCUUGCGCCCUGUGCGCAACAAGGAAGCGGAGGCUCCGGAAGGGCAGCUUGCCAAGAAACUCAUCAACUUUGAGUCAAUCAAGGGCGAAGAUCUGCUCCUCCAGGUUACGAAGUUCGGUUCCAAGCCGUUGGUGGCGUUGGAGAACCAUUUGGUGGUAAACGCCGAGGGCAAGCUUCGGCGCCUGGAAGCGACGAUGCCGCUGAUGGAGCAAAAGGAUCGUCGCUUGGAGAGCCGCAAGAAAUACUUCGAGGAAGUCUUGAAAGAAUUGAAAAAGUUGGAGCAGGCAAAUGUGGAAUGCCCAAUAUGCAUGACAGAUGCUGGGCGCAACGGCGCAGCUUUGGGUGAAGACAUCGAAACGGAGGAGUGCAGUGUGACGGCCUGUGGCCAUCUCUUCUGUUUCUUGGUGGUCAAAGCUGCAUUACUGGCUCCUGAGCUGCGCGUUUUGGCGGGUUUUGGGGUCGCGGCGAUGAAAAAACUCCAUUUCUGCUGGUUGAAGGACAAAGGCCACAAAUGUCCCAGCUGCAACCACCCUUUGCAGCUUACCGGUGGCGUGGCAGCGGCGACAGAGGUCUUAUCCCGCAACCAGGAGGUGUCGUCUCAAGCGCGCAUCGCGCGCUUUGGAUCCAAGUUGGAGGCCGUGUGCAACCAACUGAAGAACAUUUGGAAAAAUGAAGAAGGAGCCAAGGUCAUCAUUUUUGUUCAGUUCGAAGUGUUGCGGAAGAAAAUGGAAGGCGCCCUGUCCUCUUUGGGCAUGUCCUGCUUGACCUUGCGCGGCACCGUCUUCGAGCGACGCCGCGCCAUCCGUCAGUUCCACGCGCCAGGGCAAGAAAAUCAGAUCCUACUUCUCUCACUGGAACGUAGUCCUGCGGGGAUGAAUCUGGUCUGUUGUCAUCACCUCAUUUUGGUCCAUCCCAUGCUGGCGGAAUCCCGGGACGCGGCCCUGAGCUUCGAGCGACAGGCCAUUGGGCGUGUGAGACGUCAAGGUCAGAAGGAAAACGUGCAUGUGUAUCGUUUCUACGUCCGAGAUACCAUGGAGGAGGAGAUGGUGCGUGCGCAUCAUCAGAAGCUGCUGCAAGGGCAAGUAGAGAGGGAGGCCUAG